AUGGCUAUUCGGGAACGUUUCCGCCGCGCCCUGCGCCGAUCCGACGACUCAGACACCAUCUCUCAGACAGAGUCCACUGGCACCACCUCCUCAUCAACCCGACAAAGCUCCAGCUCCGAGUCCUCGGCUCCCCAGCUCUCAUUAAAAAAGACCAGCUCAACACUCUCCAAGGCCUUCUCCUUUGGCCGUGGCGACAGCUCCAAGAAGAACGAGGAGAAGAUUGCCAGAAAGCAAGAACGAGCCCGCAAGCGAAAUGAGGGCCGAACCUACAAACACCCCAGCGAAAAGCCCCUGACGGAGCAGAACCUCAAGCACCAGGAGAUGCUCAGCCAUUUCACCAUGACAUUUGGCGCCAGCGACCCGAGCCAGGUCAUCGACCCCGGCUUUGAUGGCAUCAGUCCCUGCUGCACUCGUGCCUGCAGCAUCGACCUUGGAUCCUCAGAGGGCAUAUAA